AUGAGGAGACUUUGUCCGAAUAUCGAUCGAGAAGAUGGCCUCGAGACGGUUCUUGAGGUCCCUAUACCAGAAGAAAUGUUCACAAGCAUGGGGACUAACGUAACAUUACGGUGGCAAAACAUGCUCACGUGGAUGAGAGCUCAAACUUCCGACAAAUGGUCUUCGCCGGUCAUUGCCGGACGCUUUAACGAGCUACGUUUCCUCCUUUACCUUGUCGGAUCCCCACUCAUCCCCCUUCAGGUCCAACUGGGACACUCAAUCCACCGCCCUGUCAAAGAUUGUUCCAUUGAAGCUUCAACGGCUAAAUAUAUCGUUCAACAGUACACAGCAGCAACGGGAGGGCAACCGGCAUUAAACUCAGUGGGAAGCAUGUGUGUGACCGGGCAGGUGAAGAUAAGAGCGUCGGAUUUUCACCAAGGGAAGUACGAGAGUAUAGAGGUGAAAAAGAGCACCCAGGAGGUUGGCGGAUUUGUGCUUUGGCAGAAGAAUCCGGACUUGUGGUGCUUAGAGCUUGUCGUCUCCGGCUGCAAGGUAAGCUGUGGAAGCAAUGGAAAGGUUUCAUGGCGGCAUUCCUCUAAUCAACUCACACCCAUUUCAAAAGGUCCACCCAGACCCUUGCGCCGUUUUCUACAGGGAUUGGACCCAAGGGCCACAGCCAACUUAUUUAUAGAUGCACUGUGUAUUGGAGAGAGGAUAAUAAACGAUGAGGAUUGCUUCAUUCUGAAGCUAGAGACGAGCCCAGCAAUUCGCGAGGCCCAAAGCGGUCCAAACUACGAUAUCAUCCACCACACAAUAUGGGGCUACUUCAGCCAACGCUCCGGCCUCCUGAUUCAAUUUGAGGACUCGAGGCUACUCAGGAUGAAAACCAGAGGGGACGAAGACGUUUUCUGGGAGACGAGCACGGAGUCGGUGAUGGAGGAUUAUAAAUAUGUCGAUGGUGUAAAUAUUGCGCAUAGCGGCAAGACCCACGUCACAGUUUUCAGAUAUGGGGAGCAUUCUGCCAACCACAAGAGGGAGUUGGAAGAGACGUGGAAAAUUGAAGAGGUGGAUUUCAACAUAUGGGGUUUGACAAUGGAAAGCUUUAUGCCGCCUGCUGAUCUAGAAAAUAAAGAAAAUAUUAAUGUAUUCGGUAAUUGA